AUGAAUCGAACUCUUGUUGAGAUGGCCCGAUCAAUGAUAUAUCACAUGGAAGUUGAUCGUUCUUGGUGGGCUCAAUGCAAUCAUUAUCAUGAUGAUUUAGACGAAGUAAAGGUGGAAGUACCUGAUUUGAACAAGAAUAACGAGGAUGACGAAAUGGACGUUGAUGAAACUGCUGACAAUGAUACUAGUUGGGAAGACAUGGUUGUGGAUGCGUCUGGAGAUCUCAAUCAGUCACAAAACUUAGAUGUUGUUCCGAUUGAGGGGGAGCGCACAGACAUACAAGUCAUUGACACAAACAAUUCGAUGAUACGUCGUACUUCACACGGAUCGGUCGCUGGAAGUAGCAAUAAUGGUACACACAUGCUCUCAGGAAUACCUGAUCAGUCGCGAGCUAUUAUAGUUUGUGAGAAUUCCCGUGCCCCAGAUGAUCGAAUGGAGAUAUACUCAGGGUCGAACAAAAGACCUUAUAGUACAUUCACGUCAUCUCGUCUACUCACGAAUGAUGAUUUUGACGAUGAGAGGAUUGAUCUACCGCUUUUAACUGAUGGAUCACCUGUCGAUGGCGAAAAUGAUGAGCCGGACCCUAAACGUCAAUGUGUUGACGAUUACGAAAUAUCGCUUUCUGCUACUGAUGUACCAAUGAAUUUACGAGAGGCGUUACAGUCGAUGGACGCAGAAAAAUGGAAGGCAGCAAUUCAAGCAGAAAUUAAUGCUCAUCUUAAGAACCACACAUGGGAUGCUGUCAAUCGUCCUCCAGGUGUCAAGGUCAUUGGUCACAAAUGCACUGGCGAGCGGCUUUACGUGUUUUACACUAUCUCAUGGGAACAAAAUCGCACGGAAUUAAGUAUAACAAAUCGGACGACAAAAAGAUGA